CUGCUAUCCACAUCGCCAUCGCUUGCUCAACAUGGCCAUAACAAACCGCAAGACAAACUCCUCCGACGGGGGCUCGCGAAGCCCAGACAUUGAGUAUGGCGGCAAGUCCGAGUACCAGACCGGUGAUGUCCACGUUGACGCCGAUGGCGUUGCCGUUCACGACGACAACAGCCACCUGCACCGCGGUCUCAAGUCGCGACACAUCACUAUGAUUGCCAUUGGUGGUGCCAUCGGAACCGGUCUCAUCAUUGGUACCGGAAAGGCUUUGGCCCAGUCUGGUCCCGCCUCGAUCCUCAUUGCUUACACUCUCGUCGGUCUCAUCGUCUACGUCGUCAUGACAGCUCUUGGCGAAAUGGCCGCUUGGAUUCCCCACGCUUCUGGUUUCGCCGGUUACGCCACUCGUUUCUGUGAUCCUGCUCUCGGUUUUGCUCUCGGUUGGUGCUAUUUUGCCAAAUACGUCAUCACUACGCCCAACCAGUUGACCGCUUCUGCUCUAAUUAUCCAAGAAUGGAAGUCCCGAGACGAGGUCAAUCCUGGUGUUUGGAUCGCCGUCUUCCUCUUCGCCAUUUGCGCCAUCAACUACUUUGGUAUCAAGUUCUUUGGUGAACUUGAGUUCUGGCUUAGUUCCAUCAAAGUCAUUACCAUUGUGGGUGUCAUUCUCCUCUCGUUCUUGUUGGCCGUCGGCGCCGGCCCUGGCGGUGCAACUGGCUUCAAGUACUACAAGAAUCCAGGUGCCUUCAAACCGUACAUCGCUUCCGGAAGCGAAGGCAAAUUUUAUGGCUUCUGGAGCUCUUUGGUCAACGCCGUCUUCGCCUACCUCGGAACUGAGCUCAUCGGUGUCACGGUUGGCGAGGCCCAGAACCCUCGCAAGACUAUCCCGCGCGCCAUCAAGCUGACCUUUUACCGGAUUCUCUUCUUCUACUGUCUGUCCAUUUUCUUCCUGGGCAUGAUUGUACCAUACAACUCUCCUGAGCUUGCAUUCGCCAACAAGGCCACCACUGGUGCUUCGGCCUCACCCUUUGUUGUUGCCAUCAAGAUCGCCAAGAUUCCCCAUCUUCCUACCAUUGUCAACGCCUGCAUCUUGCUCUUCACCUUUAGCGCUUCCAACUCGGAUCUGUACAUUGCUUCGCGUACCAUCUACGGACUUGCCGUUGAGGGCCAUGCCCCUAAGAUCUUCCUCUGGACCGACAAGCGAGGUGUUCCUGUCCCUGCGUUGGCUGUUUCGGCACUCCUCUGCUGCACUGCCUUUAUGAACGUUGCAGACGACUCCAAGACGGUUUUCGGCUACUUUGUCAAUUUGACUACAAUCUUUGGUCUUUUGUCCUGGAUCUCGCUUUUGGUAUCGCAUAUCUGGUUCGUGCGCGCACGCAACGCCCAGGGCAUUACCAAGGCCCAGAUGGCUUACACUGCCCCCUUUGGUCUUAUCGGCUCCUACGUUGCCCUCUUCUUCUGCAUCUUGAUCGCCUUGACCAAGAACUUCUCCGUCUUCACCAGGAGCUCCACUUAUGGUUCAUUUGAUUACAAGAACUUCAUCACCGGAUACCUUGGUAUUCCAAUCUACCUGAUCUGUAUCUUCGGCUACAAGUUCAUCAUGAAGUCCAAGAUGGUUCGCCCUCACGAAGCCGAUUUCUACAGCGGCAAAGCCGAGAUCGACCGCGAGGAAGAGGAAUUCCUGGCUCAUGCCGCAGCGAAGAAGGCAUCAGGCGGCCGUGAUGGCAGCUGGUUCUACAAGACGUUCGUUUCUUGGUUGCUGUAGAUGGCAUUUGAGAGCGAUGUUUUCAAGCCUUGUAUCCACACGCUUAUGUCCUUUAUGCUACAUAUCAGAACUAGACACGCUCUGAAUGAUUUAUAUGAAAAAAAAAGUUCCAUAGUUAAUAGACUCAUAAAGUUGAGC